GGCUCCUCUAGAGUGCUUGGCCCGGCUCAGCUGCCCUCUUUGGAGUUGGGCCCCCGAGUGCUUCCCCGCAGAAUAGGUGGAGCAGGCAGGAGUGGGUGCCAACGGGCAGGCGAGGUGCCUGGGAGGCACUCACUGCUCGCUCUGGGAUUUGAAACAGUUAUAGGUUGGAUGGGAUGGCUGAUGAGGUUCCUUUCAGCUAGUCUUCUGUGAUUCUGUGCUUUGAAUCCCAGCUCUGUUGGACUCCCUAUAUGCCCUUGGAGAAACAUCUGUUUGGACAGAUUCAACAGGGAUCCAUUGGCCAUGGCAGGAAAAGGAGGUUCCGUGAAGGCUGCCUCAGGAUUUAAUGCAGCUGAAGAUGCCCAGAAGCUGAGAAAGGCCAUGAAAGGAUUUGGUACAGAUGAAGAUGCCAUCAUUGAUGUACUCGCCUACCGUAGUGUGUCACAGCGCCAGGAAAUAAAGAUAGCUUAUAAGUCAACUAUUGGCAGGGAUUUGAUCGAUGACUUGAAGUCAGAACUGAGUGGGAACUUUGAGAAAGUGAUUGUGGGAAUGAUGACGCCCCUUGUGAUGUAUGACGUGUCUGAGCUGAGAAGAGCCAUGAAGGGUGCUGGCACAGAUGAGGGCUGCUUGAUUGAAAUUUUGGCUUCUCGGACCCCACAGGAGAUCCGACGGAUCAAUGAGACCUACCAACAACAAUAUGGAAGAACUCUUGAAGAUGACAUUUGCUCUGAUACUUCUUUCAUGUUCCAAAGAGUCCUUGUGUCUCUUUCAGCAGCUGGAAGAGAUGAAGGAAAUCAUCUAGAUGAUGGCCUUCUGAAGCAAGAUGCCCAGGACCUGUAUGAGGCCGGUGAGAAGAGAUGGGGGACCGAUGAGGUGAAAUUCCUGGCCAUUCUCUGUUCUCGAAACCGAAAUCACCUACUUCAUGUGUUUGAUGAAUACAAGAAGAUUUCAAAAAAGGAUAUUGAGCAAAGCAUUAAAUCUGAGACAUCGGGUAGCUUUGAAGAUGCUUUACUGGCAAUAGUAAAAUGCAUGAGGAAUAAAUCUGCAUAUUUUGCUGAAAGGCUCUACAAAUCAAUGAAGGGUUUAGGUACUGAUGACGACACCCUCAUCAGAGUCAUGGUUUCCCGUUCAGAGAUUGACAUGUUGGACAUAAGGGAGCAAUUCAAGAGGCUCUAUGGGAAGUCUCUAUAUUCUUUCAUCAAGGAUGACACAUCAGGAGACUACAGGAAAGUUCUGCUCAUACUUUGUGGAGGAGAUGACUAAUAAUCGGUCUACACCAGAUUGAAAUGAAUCAAGAAUCCAAGAUUUGAGCUGGUUUUAUAAUUAUUUGGCUUCAUUUUUCUAUAAGGCUGUUUAGAAUUCGCUUAAAAUGCUUAUUGUCAAUUAAAAACAUUGUAGUUACCUUUUAAUAUGAAUUAUCGGCUAUUGCUCAGUGUUUUUGAUGCAUUUAGAGCUAGAUCUUAUUUUGAAGUUUAUUAACUCAGAAGAAAAUUUUCAAAAGAUUUUUUCUCAAUGCUUUUUCUAGAGAAAUGAGAAUUUAAUAUUUUAUUUUAAAAUGUUUUAUUGAUGACUUUUUUGUUUUUUACAUCACCAUUCAAUAUUGUUUGAAAUCAUUCUGCGGGUGGUGGUGGUCCAUGUAGAAGAAGAGUGGGGGCUUGACACCUGCAACUUCAUAUCAGCUCCCACUCACUACCCCUCAGUCCUAUCCCUAAACCCUAUUGCUUUGCCUGAGGGUUAAAGCUAUCACAUAACUAGAGCAAGACAUUAAAUGUCCACACUUCAGCUCCUGUUUUUAUGGUAGAGUUGGAUCUAGCGAUAACAGAUCUGACGGCCAGGCAUGGUGGCAUCUACCUAUCUAUAAUCCCUGAUACUAAGGUAGGCUGAGGCUGAGCUGGGAAGUUCUGAGCUGUGGUAGAGCUUAAGCUGAUUAGGUAUCUCCACUAAGUCUGGCACCAAUAUGGAAGGUAGGAAGAGGUCCUUCUGACCAGCCCAGGUCAGAAACACCAAGUCAAAGCUUUCCUGCCAAUUAGCAGUGGGGCUGAGCCCAUGAAUGGCCUUUGCACUUCCAACCUGGGUGAGAUAGGAAAGGAUAAAUUAAAACAAAAACAAGAUCCAAGCUAUUGUGUUUGGUUUCAGAAGCUCAGUUUCAAAUGUAUUUAGUAUGGAAAACUUUCAAUCCAGCAAUGACAGCAUCACAAAUAAAAAUCAUUUGCCUCUAGAUUAAAAAAAAAAAAAGCUGAUUGUUUCUGAGGAUACUCUAAAUAACCCAAAUUCUGAGUGUGCUUCUGUCUAUCACUUCAUUCUGGAAUUAGAAACAAAUGACUAAUGUUCUGAAGGAUGAUGGUUAUUGCUUGAUACCUUGCCUGAUUCAACAAGAAAUGAAGAUGUUUUGCAAAUGUCAA